AUGCGGAAGCUGGGACUGGGGAAGAAAGGCGUGGAGCACCAAAUAGAAGAGGAGGCCCAUCAGCUAGUUGAGACUUUUGCCCGGACAAAAGGGCAGCUGUUUGACCCUUCAUUAUCCAUCUCUAAUUCCAUCUGCAAUACGAUCUGUGCUGUGGCUUUUGGACACAGGUUUUCUCUUGAAGAUGAAAAAUUCCUCAAGUUGAUGGGAGCCAUUGAUGCUUUGUCCAAAUCUGUAGGCUGCAUUUCUCAUGGUCUGUAUGAAGUCUUCCCAUGGAUCAUGAAACAUCUCCCAGGGCCUCACCAGAAAGUAUUUGCACAUGCAAAAGUUGUGCAAACAUUUGCAAAGAAGGAAACAGAAAAGCACAAGGAGCAUGAUGCUGUUCAUGAUCCACAAGAUUUCAUCGAUUUCUAUCUAUUGCAUAUGGAGAAAAGAAAGAAUGACCCCAACUCUACAUACAAUGAGGAGAACCUGGUUCAGUGUAUUUUUGAACUUUUCGUGGCAGGGACAGAAACGACAUCCUUGACUUUGCGGUGGGCAUUGAUCCUCAUGGCAAAUCAUCCAGACAUCCAGCAGAAAGUCCACAAGGAGAUCGAAGACAGUUUGGGUUCCUCUCAGUCAUUCAGCUAUCAAGAUCGAAAAAGAUUGCCUUACACCAAUGCUGUGAUUCACGAGAUCCAGAGAUUCCAAUAUAUUGUAUUUUCUGGGGUCCCCAGACAAUGUGUAAAGGAUGUGAAUAUGUUUGGUUUUCGUAUUCCCAAGGGGGCCAUUGUUAUGCCAAACUUCCGCUCUGUUCUUUUUGAUCCCAAGCAAUGGGAGAAACCUCGGGAGUUCAACCCAAAUCAUUUUUUGGAUAAAGAUGGACGUUUUUUUGAAAGAGAAGCAUUUCUUCCAUUCGGUGCAGGAGCCCGUGUGUGCCCGGGAGAACAGCUGGCGAAGAUUGAGCUCUUCAUCAUCUUCACCAGUCUGCUGAGGGCAUUCACUUUUCAGAUUCCAGAAGACAUGAAAGAACUCAGUGCAAAGCCUAUAGUAGGAGCAACAGUGAUUCCCCGACCUGUUAAGAUCCGUGCUGUUCCCCACUGUACAAAUUAG